AGUUAUAAAUGCAUCAAUUUUAAACUAAUUCCAAGUUUUGGAAUGAAUUUAGGUUAAUUUAUUAAUUUUGAAAAUAUUUUAAUUUGCAUUGAAGAAUGCAAAAUUGAAGAUAUUUUUGUUUGAUAUGAUUGAAGCCUCAUGUCAUCAUAGAUAGUCAUGGAAGAGAUUUCUUCUUUGACGCUAAAGAGAGAUCCAAAAUUUCAAAGAUAUAUAUUGACGUUUUAUACAUUCUUUUGACUUGUUGAACUCAUGAUCAAAUUGCAAUUAUUUAAAGUAAACAGCCAACUCAACAACAAUUGAUGGGUGUGAACAGUUGCCUAAAAAAAGAUGGUUUCGAGCUCCAUUGAUGUUUUGAAGAAGGAGAUUCCACUGAAGCAGGAAUCUGUGGUUUUGGCUGAAGAUGCUGUGAACGGUCUUGUUCUCGUUGAUAUUAUCAAUGGCUUCUGCACCGUUGGCGCUGGAAAUCUGGCACCAAGAGAGCCAAAUAGACAGAUAUCUGAAAUGGUGGAAGAAUCAGCAAGAAUUGCAAGGAUUUUCUGUGAGAAGAAAUGGCCUGUGAUGGCAUUUAUUGAUUCUCACCAACCAAACAAACCUGAGAAACCAUAUCCUCCUCACUGUAUUGUUGGUUCUCAUGAAUCGAACUUGGCUCCAGCUCUGCAAUGGAUGGAGAAGGAGGCGAACGUGACGAUAAGGCGAAAGGGCUGCUUCGAUGGAUAUAUGGGCUCCUUCCUGCCUGAUGGCUCCAACCUUUUCGUCGAUUGGAUUAAAAAUAAUCACAUCAAAUCUCUUUUGGUGGUUGGAAUAUGUACGGACAUUUGCGUGCUAGAUUUUGUGUGCUCGACUAUGUCUGCAAAGAAUUUAGGGUUUCUUCAUCCCUUAAACGAUGUCGUUCUGUACUCUCGAGCUUGUGCUACCUUUGAUGUCCCUCUUCAUGUUGCUAAAGACACCAACUCGGCUCUCCCCCAUCCUCAGGAGUUCAUGCAUCAUGUAGGCUUGUACAUGGCUAAGGAAAGAGGAGCAAUCAUAGCCAACAAAAUAUCACUAGGAACCAACAUAUAAACCCACCAUGCUUAACUAGUAGUUCGCCCUCUCUAAUGCCAAACGUUAAAGAAUUGUAACCAAAUAAAUAAACUAUGAUCUUGAUCUUCCAAACGUUGAGUAUGGAACUCCCGCUAAAAGAAGAGGAUCUAUAGUCUUCUUCGUGAACGGUAUCUAUAGACAUAUUAUACAGUGAGUUAUCAUUGCCACAAAAAUGAUGUAUAUGUUGUAAACUAUAAGACACUCUAUUUCAUAUGUGUACCACAUCUCCAUAACUUAGUAAACGCUAAGUUUUUUUUUUAA